CCGAUAUCGGCAUCGGAUAGCGUAGACACGAAUAAAGUUUGCGUAGGUCCGCUAACCCCGAGGUAGAGCACAGCAGUUGCCCACCUCGACCGCCUCGGACAAGACUCCGAUAUCGCGCUAGAACGGAAAUGUGCAGUUUGCUAGCGCACCGCUUCAAAGACUCAUUCCUUGGUUUUUCCCUCUGGUUGACGAAGGAGGCUUCUGUUGAAAAGAAAGAGUCAUAAGAUGUCGAGUUAUUGAGACUGAGUUGAACUGGCUUAUGCGAGCUCAAAGUGUUUUUUGAAUAAUAAUUGACAGCUCCAGGUUUCCAUUGUUUGAUUGUUUGAGCUAUCAUGACGACGCCUUCAAAGUCCCCGACUGGGACGCAAACUACGAGCGAAAAGCCAGCGGCGCAAUUCGACAAACCGAACACAUACACUGCCAGCGACACGAGCAAGCCGGAGUCUCUGUAUACCGCAAACUCCAGGGAUGUAGGGGACGAGAUGCUCGACAUCGAGGGCUCUGCGCCGCCUGCUAUUGCACUCGAACCCGCGUCGUCGCGUGUCCUGGACGUUAUUGGAUCCCAGGUUUCGCGGCCGGGCGAGGACUAUCCGGAGAACGAGGACGGGAAUCCUAAGAAGAAGCCGAAGCGAAGGACACCGAUUGGAACACUGCAUAAGUUUUGCUACAUCAAGGAGCUCGAAAACCCGUACGAGUACUCUCCGCUUGUGAAGAAUUUGCUGGUCUUUAUUUUCGCGUUCGCGGGCAUGGUGCCGGCUAUGGGUUCUGCUGUGUUUUAUCCUGCGGUCAAUGAUAUCGCGUCGGAGUUCAAUACGGAUCUCACGGUUAUUAAUUUGUCAGUCGGAUUCUAUAUGAUUUCAUUGGGUGUAUUUCCAUUAUGGUGGAGUUAUUUCUCAGAAACAGGCGGUAGAAGAGGUGUAUAUCUCGUCUCCUUCCUUCUCUUUGCACUGUUCAACGUGGGAUGUGCAAAGUCGACGAGUAUAGGUAUGCUGAUAGCAUUCCGAAUUCUCGCGGGUGGUGCCGCUGCCUCUUCACAGACCGUGGGCGCGGGUGCGAUUGGCGAUAUCUAUAUCCCGACCGAGAGAGGCAGGGCCAACAGUUAUUUCUAUCUUGGGCCAUUGUGCGGACCCAUGAUUGCUCCGAUUAUUUCUGGUGCAUUGGUUGACAGAUGGGGAUGGCGAUCGACGCAAUAUUUCCUGAUCAUAAUCGGUCUCUCGUCAUGGCUCAUGAUGUUCCUUUUCCUUCCCGAGACCUUACGGCCGCAGGUUGUUCCUGCGCAUAUCGCAGAGAAAAGAGCAGCGAUGAAGGAAGCAGGAAAAGCAAAGUACUAUCUGAAAGAGACAUGGGAGUUUUUCAUUGGUCCGUUUAAGGCAUUUCUGUUGCUUCGGCAUCCGAGUUUUCUGUUCGCAAUCAGCUAUAACAGCUUUACGUACGGAUGUUUAUAUAUGAUCAACAACACUAUCCCAGAUUUCUUCACAUUACCGCCGUACAAUUUCAGCUCGAUCAUCACUGGCUUGAUGUAUCUACCCAACGGCUUGGGAUACAUGUGCGGCAGUAUAAUCGGUGGCCGAUGGAGCGACCAUAUUAUCAAGAAAUCCGUGAAGAAAAACAACGGCACUCUUGUGCCUGAAGCACGACUUGCAGAGAACAUGGUGUUUGCCGGUAUAGUCGUUUGCGCGGGCAUGAUUCUCUACGGAUGGACGGCGGAUAAGCGUCUGUUUUGGUUUGUUCCUAUCAUUGGAACGUUUAUGUUUGGCUUUGGCUCGCUCAUCAUUUUCACGACCACGUUGACAUUCCUGGUAGACUCCAUGCCGAAGCGCAGGAGUGCAGCCGCCUCGAUCAACACGUUCAUUCGCUGCAUCACCGCCGGCGUGAGUACGUUCAUCACCGUCCCGCUCGAGAACGCGAUGGGCAUCGGAUGGCUGUUCACAAUGAUUAUGUUUAUGGGUCUGAUUUUUCUGGCGUUGCAGUUUUAUGUGAAGAAGAAGGGACCGGAGUGGCGGGCAAAGAUGAAUAUGGAAGUUGGCUAGUCUUGG